UCAUUUAAUGAUGAUGAAACUGAAGUUUUAAUUGCACGAGUUUCUUUAUUCCCAAAAACUAUAAAUAGUGAAUUAAUUCUUCCAGAUACAAUUAUUCCACGUGAACUUAGUUUGAAAAGACAAUUGUAUCUGUUUAAUGAAGUAGCUCAACAUAUUCAAAAUCCAGACAAGC